AUGGACGAGGAGAGCCUGGAGACGGCCCUGCAGACCUACCGUGUGCAGCUGCAGCAGGUAGAGCUGGCCCUGGGCGCCGGCCUGGACGCCUCGGAACAGGCCGACCUUCGCCAGCUGCAGGGGGACCUGAAGGAGCUGAUCGGUCUCACCGAGGCCAGCCUGGUGUCCGUGCGCAAGAGCAAGCUGCUGGCCACACUGGACCAAGGCCGCCCUGCCCAGGAGGAUACUGAGUACCUGGCCUUCCAGAGGGCUGUGGCAGAGGUAGUGGAGCUACCACCAGCCUCCCCAGGGGCAGAAUCGGAGACUGUUUCUAAAGGAGAGACGGGACCUGAGCCCAGCAAGCCCCUGCAGGAGGGGGAAGAGGGGGGUGACCAUGACCAUGACCAGGAGGACGAGGAGGAAGAGUUGAGUGGGACAAAGGUGAACGCUCCCUACUACAGUGCGUGGGGCACCCUGGAGUACCACAAUGCCAUGAUUGUGGGCACCGAACAGACGGAGGACGGCUCGGCUGCUGUCCGGGUGCUGUACCUCUACCCUACCCACAAGUCCUUGAAACCGUGCCCGUUCUUCCUGGAGGGGAAAUGCCGCUUCAAGGAGAGCUGCAGGUUCUCCCACGGUCAGGUGGUAGCUAUGGAUGAACUUCGGCCCUUCCAGGACCCGGACCUCAGCUCCCUGCAGGCGGGCUCUGCAUGUCUGGCCAAGCACCAGGAUGGCCUGUGGUACUCAGCACGGAUCACUGAUGUGGACAGUGGCUUCUACACCAUCAAGUUUGACUCUCUGCUGCUGAAGGAGGUGGUGGUCGAGGGGGACAGCGUGCUGCCGCCGCUGCGUAAAGAACCCACUGAGUCCUCGGACUCUGACAGCAGCGACCCGGAUGACUGCAGCUAUGCUAGAGGUGUGGGGAGGGGAAGAGCCGCUGGGUCCGUCAGUCUUGUGCUCAGCGCAGGAUCUCAGUUGACAGAGGACGGGCCAAGCAGCGCCGCCUUCGCAGGCUGGGAAGUGCACACGCGUGGUAUCGGCUCCAGGCUCCUUGCCAAGAUGGGCUAUGAGCCUGGCAGGGGUCUAGGCCGAAAUGCACAGGGCCGGGUGGAACCCAUCCAAACAGUGGUGUUGCCAAGAGGGAAAUCUCUGGACCAGUGUGCGAAGGCCCUCCAGAGGAGAAUGAGGGGCGGCAAGGCGGGCACCCACAGGCCCCCCAAGGGCCCGGGAAAGGGGACGGUGCCUGCAGGCCGCCCACCCCCUCGGAACGUGUUUGACUUCCUAAACGAGAAACUCCAGACUCAGGCUUCUGGGGCUCUGGAGGGGGGGGCAGGCCCCACAGGGCUGAGGGGUGGCAAGGAAACCUACAAUGCCAGCAAGAGCACCAAGCGAGCUCUGAGCCUGCGGCUCGUUCAGACCGAAGAGCAGAUCGGGCGCACCCAACGGGACAUCCGGAGCAUCCAGGAGGCCAUUGCCCGCAAUGCUGGCAGGCACAGCGUGGCCGCAGCCCGGCUACAAGAGAAGCUGGUGGGUGCCCAGCGGCAACUGGGGCAGCUCCGGGCUCAGGAGGCAGGACUGCAGCGGGAGCAGAGGAAGGCAGACACUCACAAGAAGAUGUCUGAGUUCUAG